GAUUCUAUAUCCACAUUCAAAAAUAUCAAAAAAAAUCAAAAAUAUUACACUGAAUUCAUUUUAAAUAAAUUUAAUAUAAAAUUCAAAACCCUAGGGUUUUAGGAUACUGUAAUGGUGGAACCGAUGAUUGGCGAAGAAGAUUACGACGGUUCCGAAGGGGAGUUUUUGUUGACCGAAGUCAAACUUGACCGCGGCGGUGGAGGCGGCGCCGCCGGUGACGUUUCAUGGCGGCUGAACUUUGACGGUUAUCAGUUUUCGUCGGAACAUAAAGAGAAAGCUCCACGUGGCUUGCAUGACUGUCUGGGCGUUUUAGUUCCAGAAGACAAUGUAGCUGAGUAUUAUCAGCAGCAGGUAGAAACCCUGGAGGGCUUCACUGAAAUGGAUGCCUUAGCAGAGCGUGGUUUCGUGCCUCAAUUGUCAAAGGAAGAGAAAGCAAGCUUGCAAAGAAAGGAGACACUUGCCAUUAGAAUAUCAAAUGUUGCAAACAUGAUCCUUUUUGUUGCAAAAGUCUACGCAUCUGUUAGGAGUGGUUCAUUGGCCAUCAUCGCGUCCACGUUAGAUUCACUUCUCGACCUGUUAUCUGGAUUUAUCUUAUGGUUUACAGCAUUUUCCAUGCAGACUCCAAAUCCCUAUCAAUAUCCUAUUGGAAAGAGGCGAAUGCAGCCUUUGGGAAUUCUUGUUUUUGCAUCAGUCAUGGCCACUCUUGGACUGCAGAUAAUUUUGGAGUCUGUUCGCGCACUAGCCUCUGAUGAAAAGGAUUUUAAUCUUACUAAAGAGCAAGAACAAUGGGUUGUUGGCAUCAUGCUUUCAGUGACAUUUGUGAAACUCGCUCUGUGUAUAUAUUGUCGCUCAUUUACCAAUGAAAUUGUCAAAGCCUAUGCUCAGGAUCACUUUUUUGAUGUUGUCACCAAUCUCAUCGGCCUGAUAGCUGUACUACUUGCCAACUAUAUUAGUGACUGGAUGGAUCCUGUUGGGGCUAUAAUUCUGGCACUUUACACUAUUCGUACAUGGUCACUCACGGUGUUGGAAAACGUAAACUCCCUAGUAGGAAAAUCAGCCGCACCUGAAUAUUUACAGAAACUUACAUACCUCUGUUGGAAUCACCACAAAGCUAUAAGGCACAUAGAUACUGUAAGAGCAUACACCUUUGGAUCUCACUACUUUGUUGAGGUAGACAUCGUUCUACCAUCAGAAAUGCCGCUGCAGACAGCUCACGAUAUUGGAGAGUCGCUUCAAGAGAAACUUGAGCUCCUGCCUGAGAUAGAGCGUGCUUUUGUUCAUCUUGAUUACGAGUUCUCUCACAAACCUGAGCACGCACAGACACAUCACUAAAUAACUGUGACAAUCCUGUAAUUCUUUGAGCUCCAGAGUCAACCAUGGUCAACCACUUGUAAGUUCUCACUCAUAUUAUUGUGCAUCCUUUCUGCAUAUAAAUUAUGAUGCUGAAUGGUGAGUUUAGUGUUUUUAGAAGUCAUCAUCUAUGUGAGAUUAUUGGUUGUGGAGCUCUAUUGAAUUGUAUAAUGAUAUUUUCUCUUCGUACAAUGAAUGUGGAUGUAGAUUAUGAGGUUCCAA